UUGGAAGUUUUUCAAAAUAUCAAUAACCAAUUAGAUAAAGAUUUGCCCAACCUACAUGAGCUAGGUCAAGUUGAAAAAUUUGAUAAUUUUUUAAAGUUGUGGAUUGAAACGGUUAUCGUUGGAGUUUUAAGAUCAUCAUCAAAAUACGAUUGAUACUUGUCAAAUAAUAUAAAAUGGACGUAAAUGAACUAAAUUUAAUCUCAAUAGCAACUAGUAAUGUUGAUAGAUAUCUUAAUAGAGGUGGUGAUGGUCAGGGUGAUAAACCUCAAUUACUUAAGGGCACGCAAUUAUUGAAUACAAUAGGAAUGGCAAUGGGCCUACCCCUUUGUGAUCCAGCCAAAUGGACACCAGACGAAUUACGAAGAGCUGAAAAUGGUGAUCUAUGCUUUUUUCGUGAACCAUCUCUAAAAGCUAUUGUAGCUAUAGUCGAAACAAUUAAACAUUGCUGCGAUGGAGAUAGUGAAAACUUUGUCACCGUUUUGCCUGUUGAGUUAUAUUUCCAGAGUAAACUGUAUGAACUGCCAAUUUUUAGAGUUUCGCGCUACAGAGACUCGCAUAGAUAUUUUGUCGACAAUACAGGAAGAUAUUAUAAAAGCUUCGAUGAUUGGUACAAUUACAACAAGCUACCGCUCGGACUAAUGCUAUAUCCGAGUAGAUUGGUCCUGUCAGCGAAAUCGGAUGGUCAUGCCAACUAUACUUUUGAAGGAACUCCAUCUUCCAGACCUAGUUCAAUAACAGCAAGCGUAAUAGAUUCUACAUCUGCGGCCGUUGGAAUUGGAACAACCGUGGGAUUAUUAUUUGCUACGGGUGGCUUAGUGGCUCCAUUAAUUAUAGCUAGUGUCGCUAGUGCAGCCUGGUCCACAGGCCGAGCUUCAUACCAGCUUGCAGAUAAAGGUUCACACGGUGAAGAUAUAAAUCCUAUAACAGAUUCAGAGUCUCGGCUGCUUUGGCUUGGAUUGGCUGCAAAUAUAGCUAACUUUGUGGCGACGGGAGCAUCUAUGCGAAUCUCCACAAUCGUAGCACGUAGCCACCAUAUACCAAGCAUGUUAGGACUGGUGAAUACAAUGGCAAAGACAUCAGGCGGUACACUAAGUUCAGUUGCAAUGAUAGAAAAUUUCGUCAAUUGGUUUCUUCAUAAGGAUACAGAUAACUUGAUUACAGACAAUGAAGUUCUCUUACAUUGCGCAUCCGUUGCGUUUUGGACUAAAGGAGAGUUUCGAUACAGAACAUCAAGUAGUAUAAUGCAAGACUUGCAAGACCAAGUUUUCAAUCAAAUAUAUAGUGAGUUACCACAAGCACAACGUGAUAGUUUACCACGAGUCAGAGAAGUCGUUCAAAAUGACGUCAGCUUGAUUCGCCAAUUCUAUGAUGCAUCGCAGUCAAAUAUAUCGAUACAAGAAUUUACAACUUUGUUGGUAGCGAGACAUUGCAGUCCUUAAGCUCUGAACAAAUCGAAUUGCUAGCUUACACACUAAUUUAAGAGAUGAUUUAAAUUUAAUUUCUGAUUUGCCACGAUAUUCACAAAACAAUAAUCUGAAUAGACAAAAUACAUUCAACCACAUACUUGGUAUGUGGGGAAAUACUGUUAAUAGCGAAAAUGUACAACAGAGUGAGAUAAGGCUGUCAGCUGCAAUAAUAAUAAUGGGAAGGGCUCCCCCGAUUGACAUUCAACGGCUGCCUGAGCUAUCAGUACCCAUGAUCCGAUUUACCGGAGAACAUUUGAGUCAAAUUAAUUAUGCUGCCACACAUCAGUGGUUGAUAUCUCGGUUAUUGACGCUACAGAGCUUCCGAUCACGGGAAUUGCUCCCACGGGACAUUCAGUAGUAAUAUUAAAUAACCAGUUACAAGUUAGUAUUCAAACUCUGAGUGCUUUACCGGCCGAUGAUUGCAGAUUGAUUUUCCGAAUGAUCGGGGAAAUGAGGACUUGUAACAGUAGUGGCCAAUAACCAAGUGAUUUAAUUAAUUUGUGCGUAAAAGAUAACCGAUGGCGAUUCGAAAUACAAAGGCGAGAAAGUGUUGAAUGCAUGUUGAGUGAAUGCUUAAAUGAUCCAUCACUUGCAAAUCUGUCCAAUAUUGUUGAUAGGAACUUGGUGCCUCACGAAAAGGAUAGAUUGUAUACAUUUAGAACUAACUGCAAUUUGUUCAAAGUUGAUCUAUAUAUGAACAGAAUGAUGCAGUUCGUGUCGUCAAUGGGACUCAGUAAUAUAAGUGAGAUUGUAUCGUGCAGUGAGUUUGUUUUAGCUCAAGUAGAAAACACUAUACCUUUAAUUGAAAAUGAUUUACUUGAGGGUAGAAGGAGUAUACCACGAGUUAUGAAGAGAAACGUUUGGCUUAGUACGUAUUAUAUAUUAUUCACUUUCUACUAUUCCUACAUCCGUUCAAUUAGUAGGCAAGAGGCGAAACCGAAUUUUUUAAAACACCUGAGACGGGAAGUCAGCAAUGAGGUAUUCCAGGAAGUCGAGUCUUUGGAACAAAAACUUGAAGACUUGACAACAACUUGUUGCACAGUAGUGGAUGAUAAAACAAUGGUGGGCGUAGAAACCGUGGAGAGAGGUUUAUCGAAUGAUUGAUAAGUUGAAGCUGUAGGCACUAAACUGAUUAGAUUUAAGUGCCAACUAUCAGGUGCUUACCAUAUUUUCAAGCACGCCACCGAUCCACCUUCGGAUUAUGUGAAUCAGGCCAACAGAACGAUACGAUCUCCUUCUAGCACGUAUACUGUAUCACUUGGGCAGGAAGGGGACAACAGAAUCAUAUCAUUUUCAGAUGAAAUUGGCAGUUGCAUCGUGUUAGACAUAAAUGGACGCAUUAGGCUCUGUUCCUUUAGAGCCGCCGGACGAAGAUGAUUUGUUAAUGUGGUUGCUUUUCCAAUUUUAUAAACUUUUAAUUUAUUAGAUUGUAUUAAAUCAUAGAAUUAAAAUAUAGUAGUUUAUAAACAAACAAAUCGCGCGAGGGAGACGAACAUCCCUAACGGAGAUACAGCAAGAUAGAAAGUAUAGCGUAAUCUAUUGUAACUGUAGUAAACAGCCAGCCAACUGUAGUAACAGUUUUGAAUACUGAACAACUAGCUAACGCGCAUAGUGACAAAUAAAAUUGGUCACUCUUUAUCGUGCUGUCAGUUCGUCUUAAUGCUAUUAUAUUCUAACGGCCGUUCCCAAUAUUCAGUCUAUCUCUUACUUGAGUUAAAAAUCUUAACUAUUGUUGACUUUUCUGUUCCAAUAAAUUUAACGGCGGUAACUCACCUUAUCGUUACACGCUGUCUGUCAAUACCUAGCUAGGUUAGCUAGCGAUAGAACUUUGUAUGGAAAUUACAAUUCACGCGUCCCAAUAUAAGGCGAUAAGAAUGACUUAUCGGGUAUAUUGGGACAGCUUCAUAUUAUUGACAGCUAAUUACUGACAGAACUAUUGAGAACGGCCGUUAGUCUAUGUUCAAUAGUCUUAAAUGUGAUAAAUAUAAGCUUAUUAAAUAAAAUUUCAAACUUGUUGAAAGUCAAGAUCAACUCUCAAGCGGGCUUAUUUUUGGGAUAUAAUAAAUAUAUAAUUGUAAAACA